CCUGUCCUCCCCAGCGGCUGCGGCAGCAACAACGCCGGCCGCCGCCGCCGCCCCUGGGACGCGGAGGAGGAGUGGCAGGAGGAGUAGGAGGAGGAGGUGGGCCUGGGGAGCGGGAUGACCAGCGCUACGAUUUGCUGGUGAAUGCUGAGGAGAGUCACGGUUGCUGCAGUCUGUGCCACCGGGAGGAAGUUGUGGUGUGAGGCCGGGCGGGAGCUCACGGCUCUGGGGCGAAUCGGAGCACGGGGUCUGUGCGAAGGAUCUGCGAUACCCUAUCCUACGCUGACCAUGCCUGGAAGAAACAAGGCGAAGUCCACCUGCAGCUGCCCAGACCUGCAGCCCAAUGGACAGGACUUGGGCGAGGGCGGCCGGGUUGCCCGUCUAGGAGCGGAUGAAGCUGAAGAGGAGGGACGGGUCGCCCCUCUGAGUCUCGCCGGCGACCCUGAGAUCAUCAAAUCUCCCAGCGACCCCAAGCAGUACCGAUACAUCAAACUACAGAAUGGCUUGCAGGCACUUUUGAUUUCAGAUCUAAGUAAUAUGGAGGGUAAAACAGGAAUUGCAACAGAUGAAGAUGAAGAGGAAGAUGACGAUGAAGACUCUGGAGCUGAGAUAGAGGACGAUGAAGAAGGUUUUGAUGAUGAAGAUGAAUUUGAUGAUGAUGAACAUGAUGAUGAUCUUGAUAAUGAGGAAAACGAACUGGAAGAACUGGACGAGAGGGUAGAAGGGAGGAAGAAAACCACUGAGAAACAGCAAUCGCAGAACCUGUAUUUGCUGUGGUCAAAGCUGACUGAUAGACUGUGGUUUAAGUCAACUUAUUCAAAAAUGUCUUCAACCCUGCUGGUCGAGACAAGAAAUCUUUAUGGGGUAGUUGGAGCUGAAAGCAGGUCUGCACCUCUUGAGCAUUUGGCAGGAUGGCAAGUGGAGGAGCAGCAGGGUGAAACUGACACAGUUCUGUCUGCAGCGGCUCUGUGUGUUGGAGUUGGGAGCUUUGCUGAUCCAGAUGACCUGCCUGGGCUGGCACACUUUUUGGAGCACAUGGUAUUCAUGGGUAGUUUGAAAUACCCAGAUGAGAAUGGAUUUGAUGCCUUCCUCAAGAAACAUGGAGGUAGUGAUAAUGCCUCAACUGAUUGUGAACGAACAGUCUUUCAGUUUGAUGUCCAGAGAAAGUACUUCAAGGAAGCCCUGGAUAGAUGGGCCCAGUUUUUCAUCCACCCACUAAUGAUCAGAGAUGCAAUUGACCGGGAGGUUGAAGCUGUUGACAGUGAAUAUCAGCUUGCAAGACCUUCUGAUGCAAACAGAAAAGAAAUGUUAUUUGGAAGCCUCGCUAGACCUGGACAUCCUAUGGGGAAAUUUUUCUGGGGAAAUGCUGAGACACUCAAGCAUGAACCAAAGAAGAAUAACAUUGACACACACGCUAGACUGAGAGAAUUCUGGAUGCAUUACUACUCUGCCCAUUACAUGACCUUAGUUGUUCAGUCCAAAGAAACCCUGGAUACUUUGGAAAAGUGGGUGACGGAGAUCUUCUCUCAGAUACCAAACAAUGGGCAACCUAAACCAAACUUUGGCCAUUUAACGGAUCCUUUUGACACACCAGCAUUUAACAAACUUUACAGAGUUGUUCCAAUCAGAAAAAUUCAUGCUCUGACCAUCACAUGGGCACUUCCUCCUCAACAGCAACAUUACAGGGUGAAACCACUUCAUUAUAUUUCCUGGCUGGUUGGACAUGAAGGCAAAGGCAGCAUUCUUUCUUACCUUAGAAAAAAGUGCUGGGCUCUUGCAUUGUUUGGUGGAAAUGGCGAGACAGGUUUUGAGCAAAAUUCGACUUACUCUGUGUUCAGCAUUUCUAUUACAUUGACUGAUGAGGGGUAUGAGCAUUUUUUUGAGGUUGCUCAUGCUGUCUUCCAGUAUUUAAAAAUGCUGCAGGAGCUAGGCCCAGAGAAAAGAGUUUUUGAAGAGAUUCAGAAAAUUGAGGAUAAUGAAUUUCAUUACCAAGAACAGACAGAUCCCGUGGAGUAUGUGGAGAACAUGUGUGAGAACAUGCAGCUCUACCCACUUCAGGACUUUCUCACCGGAGAUCAGCUUCUGUUCGAAUACAAGCCAGAAGUCAUUGCUGAAGCUCUUAAUAAGCUGGUUCCUCAGAAGGCAAACCUUGUUCUUCUGUCUGGUGCUAAUGAAGGAAGAUGUGAUCUCAGGGAGAAGUGGUUUGGGACUCAGUACAGUAUAGAAGAUAUUGAAAACUCUUGGGCUGAACUGUGGAAGACUAAUUUUGACUUAAAUCCAGAUCUUCAUCUUCCAGCUGAAAACAAGUACAUAGCCACGGACUUUACAUUGAAGCCUUUUGAUUGCCCUGAAACUGAAUACCCUGCUAAAAUUGUGAAUACUCCACAAGGUUGCCUAUGGUAUAAGAAAGACAACAAAUUCAAAAUCCCCAAAGCCUAUAUACGUUUCCAUCUGAUCUCACCUUUGAUACAGAAGUCUGCAGUAAAUGUUGUCCUCUUUGACAUCUUCGUCAAUAUUCUUACUCAUAACCUUGCUGAGCCAGCUUAUGAAGCUGACGUGGCACAGCUGGAGUAUAAACUGGUAGCUGGAGAACAUGGUUUAAUUAUUCGAGUGAAAGGAUUCAACCACAAACUACCUCUGCUCUUUCAGCUCAUCAUUGACUACCUGGCUGAGUUCAGUUCUACACCUGCUGUCUUCACAAUGAUAACUGAGCAACUGAAGAAGACCUACUUCAACAUCCUCAUCAAACCUGAGACUCUGGCUAAAGAUGUGAGGCUUUUAAUCCUGGAAUAUUCCCGCUGGUCUAUGAUUGACAAGUACCGGGCUUUGAUGGAUGGCCUUUCUCUUGAUUCUCUGAUGAACUUUGUCAAGGAUUUUAAAUCCCAGCUCUUUGUUGAGGGCCUGGUACAAGGGAAUGUCACCAGCACGGAGUCUAUGGAUUUCCUGAAGUAUGUUGUUGACAAGCUGAACUUCACGCCCCUGGAGCAGGAGAUGCCUGUGCAGUUCCAGGUGGUGCAGCUGCCAAGUGGCCACCACUUAUGCAAAGUCAGAGCCCUGAAUAAAGGUGAUGCCAACUCUGAAGUCACUGUGUACUACCAGUCAGGUACCAGGAGUCUAAAAGAAUACACUCUUAUGGAGCUGCUUGUGAUGCACAUGGAAGAGCCCUGCUUUGAUUUCCUUCGAACCAAGCAGACCCUUGGGUACCAUGUCUACCCGACCUGUAGGAACACAUCUGGGAUUCUAGGAUUCUCUGUAACUGUUGGGAGUCAGGCAACCAAAUACAACUCUGAAACUGUUGACAAGAAGAUAGAAGAGUUUCUCUCCAGCUUUGAGGAGAAGAUUGAGAACCUCACUGAAGAAGCAUUCAAUACUCAGGUCACAGCUCUGAUCAAAUUGAAGGAGUGUGAGGACACCCACCUUGGGGAGGAGGUGGACAGAAACUGGAAUGAAGUGGUGACACAGCAGUACCUUUUUGACCGCCUUGCUCAUGAGAUUGAAGCACUGAAAUCUUUCUCAAAGUCAGACCUGGUCAGCUGGUUCAAGGCUCACAGAGGACCUGAAAGUAAAAUGCUCAGCGUUCAUGUUGUUGGAUAUGGGAAGUAUGAACUGGAAGAGGAUGGCGCCCCUUUUCGUGAGGACUUCAAUUCUGGUGAAGGGAUGCAGCUGACCUACCUGCCACCCUCUUCUCUCCUGGCAGACUCUACCAUCCCCAUUACUGAUAUCAGGGCCUUCACAUCAACACUUAGCCUCUUCCCCUACCACAAAAUAGUCAAAUAAACUGCAGUCUCAUUGGCCUGAAGUAACGUGUAUUUUAAAGACGUGUGUGAAUUUUAUGGAGUUACACUACUUACUGCCUUAGGGCUUCCGUUGGAUUUUUUUCGAUGGUAACCUAGGAUUUGUUUUACUUUUCUCUCCUCUGCAAGACUAACCCAGGGUUACUGCACUGGAUGGCAAUGAGCUAGUAGCCCCAGACACUCAUGUCAGCAGCUUGCCUGGCCUGUGUCCUCUGAGGAGGAGAACCCAGUUCUCGUGUGCCUACAUGUAACUAAUUUGUUAUAGCACCAAACUGCCCUGUUUUGUUUUUUAAUGUAUUUUUAAAUAAACAUAGUUCUGUAUUUCCCUUCA